AUGAAGGCAGCACUGCUUAACUGUUAAGCGUCAAUCAAUCAGAGGAGAAGCAGUUUCUCUACCUGCUUCAUAAUUCUGUGCCGGUUGCCCCCGCCUUGGAUUACUAUGAUGAGACAUUAUUGGAACAGUCAUAGAGAAGGUCUUUCAUUAAUUCACUCAAUGGCCUAAUAAAAUUAUUUCGUCUGCUACGCCGAAGUAUUUGCGUUUAACUUCUGCAUUGUUUUGACAAUACCAGCGGAAUGGCCGGUUCACUUGUUGCAGCAGGUAUUGGUCUUGCUGUAGUAGGUUUUACUGGGCGUUAUAUUUUGAAGAGGAUGCCUGGUUGGUCUCAAAGAAUGUCAGAGGCUGUUAAAUCAUUAGAUGCCCAGAAAUUAUCAAAUAAUAAAUACUACAAAGGAGGAUUUGAGAAUAAAAUGACUCGUCGAGAAGCUAGUUUAAUAUUAGGUGUGUCUCCUACUGCAAAUAAAGUAAAAGUAAAGGAGCAUUUUAAAAAAGUUAUGGCUGUAAAUCAUCCCGAUAGAGGUGGAUCACCUUAUAUAGCAGCCAAAAUUAAUGAAGCAAAAGAUCUGUUAGAAAAAUGAAGUAGAAUAAAUAAUUUGUAUUACAUAUAUAUUUGUAAAUGUAAUUCUAAUUUUAGAAUUUCUAGAACAAAUUUUUCUGUACAUACCUAAUUAACACAAAUUAAUCUUAUAUUUUACUCAACUUAAAAUAGACAUUUGUAUAUAGA